AUGGACGUCCCUGGAAUUGCCCUCAUCACAGGCGCCGCCUCAGGCAUUGGCCGCGCCUGCGCAAAGACUUUCGCCAGAGAUGGCGCCUCAGGAAUCGCCCUGCUGGACCUAAACCCCGAAGCCCUCGCCGCCGUCAAAGCCGAGAUCGAAGAGCAACAAAGCAAACAAGGAGCCACGCCAUGCCGUGUCAUCGCCUAUCCCACCAAUAUCACAGACGAGAACCGCGUCAAUGAAGUCGUCCAAGAAGUCGCGACGACAUUCGGCCGAGUCGACUAUGUCGUCAACGCAGCCGGAAUUGCAAUGAAGCAUGCAGGCGGAGCUGCAUUCUGCGAAACAGCUGAUUGGGAGCGCAUCUUGAACGUCAAUCUCACGGGUACAUUCUUCGUUCUGCGCGCGGCUGCCAAGAUCAUGUUGAAGCAGGAACCUAUCAAGUCCUCGAUUGAUGGAAGGCCACUGCAGCGUGGCUCGAUUGUCAACUUCUCAUCUAUUCAGGGUGUUGCUGGAAUUGCGUUGUCGACUGCAUACACUGCUACCAAGCAUGCGGUUAUUGGUUUGACGAGAACUGCCUCUGAAGAUUAUGCUAAGGAUGGCCUGCGCAUCAAUGCUAUCUGUCCUGGAUAUACCGAGACCCCCUUGACUACCAAGUCGCCUCAGAUCCUGGCGGCUAUGGAGGAGAAGGUUGCCAAUGCUGUUCCUAUGGAGCGUAUGGGUCAGCCGGAGGAGAUUGCCGAUGGAGUUGUUUAUUUGAGUGGUGGACGGGCCUCGUUUGUUGCUGGAACGGCUUUAGACUGGUCACAUAUAUUCUCAACACUCUGCCCUCAUUCUCCCACGGGUCUCCCCCGACCGUCAGAACUGCGCCCUUUCCGCGAGAUCAAAGGUGAAAAACACACCGCAGUCUCGACAACCGGUGAUCUGCUUUUCCACAUUCGCUCUGAGCGCAGAGAUAUCUGCUUUGAAUUCGAACGUCAGCUGAUGGAUCAACUCGGCGACUCGGUCACUGUCAUCGAUGAGACGGUUGGGUUUCGGUACUUUGAUGUGCGAGAUCUUCUUGGUUUUGUGGAUGGCACGGCAAAUCCCGUUGGAUUGGCGGUUCCGGCAUCGGUUCUGGUUGCAGAGGAGGAUGCUUCUGCCUCUGGUGGUAGCUAUAUCGUUGUACAGAAGUACACUCAUGAUCUACCCGGAUGGAAAGAUCUCUCAACGGAACAGCAGGAAAGGAUCAUUGGCCGUACCAAGAUAGAUAACGUGGAGUUGGAUGAUGCCCAGUCUGGACAGCGCUCUCACAAGACACUCAACACGAUUGAAGAUAAGGAUGGGAAUGAGCAUGAUAUUCUUCGCGAUAAUAUGCCUUUUGGGUCACCGGGUGCUGGUGAGUUCGGGACUUACUUUAUUGGCUAUACUCGUCGUCUCUGGGUAAUCGAAAGAAUGUUGGAGCGCAUGUUCGUUGGGGAUCCGCCUGGCUUGCAUGAUCGUAUCCUUGAUUUCUCAAAGCCGCUCACUGGGACAACAUUCUUUGCUCCAUCUGCUAGUUUAUUGGCUAGUUUGGGAUCUGACUGA